AAUAAAAUAAAGCAUUUUCAAGAUAAUAGACAAAAAAAAGAGUAAUUUAAAGGGAUGUUAAAUUCCCUUUAUUAGAUGGUUUAAAUUGUCUUGUUUUGGACUCUUGAGAUGCCAUAAGGCUGCAUCAGUUGAAUUGAUAACAAUUGUGCUGUUUAAAAUCUAUAAAAUUCAUUUUUGGAGGCAUACACUGCAUCGAUUUGAGCUUUCCGGGAACUCCCUUCAGAUUCUUAACACUUCAUAUUUGGAAAAAGAACUCAGGUGGACACAGUUGAAAAAAAUAAAGAGAGAGACAAACCAAUCAGAUCGCUCCCUCUCCCUUUGGCCAAUGACAGACGCCACAUUGUUGUCAAAUUUGUCUAAUGAAAACGUAGGCGCAACAAUAGAGAGAGGGGAGAGAGGGAUCUGUAUCCACUGACGAUCUCUGGAGGAAGUUAGUGUCUCAGGCUGCGGCUUCUGGACACUUUUUAACUUCUGAUCGAAGAGGAUUGAUCUCUUCUCCUCUCGGCUCGGAACUAAAACUCGCCUGUUUCUCUACAUUUGUUUUCUGGAUAGCUUCUACCAGAGAUAUAUUUUUUUAUUCUGUCAGCAGAAAUCGCUGUUUUUACUUGUUGAGCAGAGAUGUUGCUGCAGAUGUGAUAAGCUCAGGGUCAGUUUAACUAAAACAGAUCGUUCCUCCAGCGUCGCUCUCUCACUUAGUUUCUAUUGCAUCAUUGACGGCAUUGAAGACGGCAUGGAUCUGAGACCGGAGCUUCCCACGGUGUCCUCCGCCUCCCAGGUUCACCCGGGAGCGGCAGCGGCGGCCGCGGCUGCCUCCAUCCCUGUGUCCAUGGCCGGCAACCUGCUGCGUGGCCCUCCGCUGCUACUGCGCGCCGCGGACAAGUACCCGCGGACGCCGAAGUGCGCCCGCUGCAGGAACCACGGCGUGGUCUCCGCCCUGAAGGGCCACAAGCGUUACUGCCGCUGGAAAGACUGCAUGUGCGCAAAGUGCACGCUGAUUGCCGAGCGGCAGCGGGUGAUGGCUGCGCAGGUGGCACUGCGGCGGCAGCAGGCGCAGGAGGAGAAUGAAGCCCGGGAGCUGCAGCUGCUUUACGGCACCGCCGAGGGCCUGGCCCUGGCCGCGGCUAACGGCAUCAUCCCGCCGCGUCCCAACUAUGAGGUGUUCGGCUCUGUCAACAGCGAGAGCAAUUCAGAGUCCAGUAUCCAGAAGUAUGAACUGUUUCCAAAGACCCAGCUGUCCGGGUCAACCACCACUCAGAAGUCCGUGGGGAAACCAGCGUCCACCGAGAGCGACUCUGCCCCAGGCAUGUCUUCCCCGGACGGGCGGCACGGAGGAGGCUCAGGGUCAGAAAAUGGAGACAGUGAGUCCUUCAUCAACUCGCCGGUGUCAAAGCCUUUGAAGGACGGAGAGGAAACUCCCGGGUCGGUCAGCUCCCUCGGAUCGGACUCUGGUUCCGAGACCGACAAAGAAGAGCAGGAGCCCUCUCCGUCCUCCGCGGCCUCCCGACACAUGAACGCCAUCGACAUCCUGACCCGGGUGUUCCCCAGCCACAAGCGCAGCGUCCUGGAGCUCGUCCUGCAGGGCUGCGGAAAAGACGUGGUGCAGGCCAUCGAGCAGAUCCUCAACAACAGCGGCGCACAGGCCCCCAACAAGGCCGGGCCGGAGGAGACGUGGACGGCCGAGAGGAUGCUCCAAAGCGCGCAACAGCUUCCUGCUGGAUCGGCAACCGCAGCCACCACGACGAGGCCUAUGCUCCCCGGAGCCAUGACGCUGAGUAACCGCUCCGCGUUUUCUCCGCUCCAGCCGAACGCCCCGCACUUCGGAGCAGACCCCGGCACCUACCCGCUGGGAACCCACCUGGGACUGAACCCGCUGCGGCUGGCCUACUCUGCGCACAGCCGGGGACUGGCUUUCAUGACGCCCUACUCCACCACAGGGCUUAUGCCCACCUUGGGCUUCAGGCCCCCUAUGGACUAUGCUUUUAGCGACCUGAUAAGAGACAGGACAAUGUUGCACAAGGAGCAAGGCUAUGCCAGCGGCCUGUACGGGCCUUUAGUCAACAACACGCCGGACAAACAGUGACUGGUGGACAUGAAAAACACAUUUCAUUGUAUUAUAAUAAAUCUGUGAUGUGUUUUGGCUGCACUCUGUGUAUAUUAGAGUUAUCAGACUUGUAGACAAUUGUUCUAAGGCGGAGAAACUAAACUGAAUUAUGUGUAACUUUGAAGCUUAUGUCAAAUGUUAGAAAACAAAAUAUCUGGACGAUUUCCCCCGCUUACCAGCCUCAUAAAAUCACAACGAGUUCCAUGCUAAAUCGAGCUUGGGGGGGGAACUCAGACCUUUAACUUCAGGUUUUAUGUAAUAUUAUAAUGAGAUAAAUAUUUAUCCCUGGGUUUGAAUUUUUAUAGCCUGUCUUAUUUCAACGCUGCCUGGUACAACUAAAAAUCGGACAAUAAAUGAUGCAAAAAUGAAUAGUGUGUACAGACCUUGUUUUUUCUCUCUUUUUUCCCCCUAUAAUUCAACAAUCUCACUUUCUGUCUGUACUAUAAACUAUUGCCUUUGGCAGCAUGAAAUGCUGUUUGACUUCUCAUUUAUAAGUUAGUCACACCCCCUUUUCAAAUGUUAAAAGAUGUGAUGUCACAUAAAUAUGUUGAAAAUAAAUGUUAUUUUAAAAAUGUG